AUCAUUUCACUUCCUGUUUUCACUACGCAUUAUGUUGAUAUUUAUAACACUUCUUAUUGAUGUCUAGACAAUUAUGAACGCUUCUAUGAAUCACAGAUGAAGAAAAGGAUGUUUAGCAAGUUUUCCAAUAUCCUGCAUCAAGCAGUUGAGGCUUUAACGCCUCAACUGACUUUGCAGGAAGAAUUUAUGUAUCAUUGGAAAUCUGUAACAGAAUUCUUUAUGGAUAGCAAAGGUGACAGAAUAAAUGUAGAACAGACUAGUCUUUCUUCUCACUUGGACCAGAUGAUUGUUUUAUUACAAGAGGAAGAGUCUAGUGUAGAAAGAGGGGGCACAGGACCUUGUAUGGAGUACCUUUUACAGCAUAAGUUGUUAGAAACAUUAUAUUCUCUUGGAAGAACUGAUCAUCCUCCAGGAAUGAAACAGCUUGUACUGUCUUUCUUCACUAAAUUAUUAUCCAGACUGAAGCAACCAUUGCUACCAAACAUUAGUGUUCACAGAGCUGUUCAUAGAUUGAUUAAGUCCUGUGGUGAAGUAAAAGCUGGUCCAUCUGAGACGGAAGAAAUCCAGUUUUUAUGUACUGUGUGUGCAAUCGUUAAAACAGAUCCAUAUCUAGUCAAUUUUUUUAUAGAGGUGCCAAAAGACAAACCAAGUACAGAUUCUAGUGAUCCAGUGCCAAAAAGUGAUUUUAGUUUAGUUCAAUCAUUACUUGCCUUAUCUAACAGUGCUGAUAGUCGAGUAGCUGUGAAAUCGUGUGAAGGUUUGAUGUUAUGUGCCAGUCUUCCAGAACAAAAUGCUGCUGUUACCAUGGUGAAUGACACAGAAUUUUGUACACAACUCAGUCAGCGUUUGAUAGAAUCUUACCUCAAACUUCCAUCAAAUGUCCAUCCAAGUGAAUUAGACAUGGUGGAAGCAAAAUGGGGGUUAGACAUUAUUACAGAAAGUGAAGACCAACAAUCAUUUUUAGGGAAACGCCAUCUGAUAUCCUUCCUCUCAUGGCUAGAUUAUUGUGAUCAACUGAUUGGUGUAGCUAAUCCCUACGUAGCCAAAGCUUUGUCAAAAUCAAUACGAGAGACAUUCCUAGAUGUUAUUAUGGAACCAUCACUGCUACAGACCUCAGAAACUGGAGCUGUUCUAGCAACUGCCUACCUUACAAGAUGUCUGCGGACAGUAUGUUCACACCCCUUAUUGGCAGAGUUUUGUAAAUUUAUUUUGGGAGAUGACAUGCUUCCAGAAGUAGAAGGAACUGAUAAAUGGAGAGUAAGAAGGCGUUUGAUAGACAGAUGUGAUCAUCUUUCAGAAGAGUUAAGUUUAGCCAGUCUGAAGUUAUUUGAUAUGCUGUUACAAAAAGACAAUGAAUUUAUUAUUUAUAACCUGGUGCUGAGGAAUCUGAUUGGUCGAGAUUAUUACACAGAAGACACUGUCAUGGUCAAGGUUGAGGAUUCCAGAACUAAAGAAGAAAUAGAAUCUCAGUCUUCAGAUUCAACAUCAGAAAAGUCCACUCCACUUUCAUCAACAUCUUCCAGUCCUGUGCCUUCCACUAGUAGGAACAGGAUAGAGGUGCAUAAAAUUGUUAAUAGUUAUUUCUCAUUGCUACCAGAAGAUCUGAAGUCCAGUUACCAAACAGCUGAUAGUGGGUAUGAUAUGUACCUCAAAGAUGCCCACAAACAGUACAGUGAUAUGUGUGAAAUGUGCCAUCCUUGGUCAUGGCCUAAAGAACCAGUUACAUCAGAGGUUUAUCACAUGAGCACAUUCUAUGAGGGAUCAUUCCUUAGGAUGAUUUUAGACAAACUGUCCAGACUCUUAGACCAGAGUUACACUAUAAAUCUACAACUGACAUCAGUGAUAGCCAAAUUAGCAUCCAUACCACAUCCAAACCUACAGGAAUUCUUUAUGGAUCCAUACCUUUGUCUUAAAGACAAUGCUAAAUCUCUAUUUAAUGUACUACAAAAGGUUGCUAAUGAAAUAAAAACUCAGCUAGGCAGAGAUCCAGAAUUAGGCAAAAAACUGGUGAUAGCUAGAAAGAGUCUGUUAGGGGUAAUGCCUUCAAUUAGCAGUUUGAGACAGAAUGUGCAUGACAACAGGCUUGAAGGUCAGAGCAGAUUAGAGGCUAUUAUUGUAUUUGAAGAAUUCUGUAAAGAAAUGGCUGCCAUUGUAUUUGUACAACACCAUGCUGUUAUGUCCAGAUCUUGAGUACAACAGACUUAUUUAUCUCUAACCAAUCAUUUUUAUUUUGAAGUUUCAAAAUGUACAUAUUGUUUGAAUUUGUUUGUUAUGAAUCAUGCUUGAAAACCAGUGAACUGUUGAUUAUUAUUUGUUUAUAUGAAGAGUUAGGAGAAACUCUAAUAAUGUGUAUGUCUACUCCACUCAGUGGACAAGCCAUAGACUGGUACCUAUGUCAAUCUUUCUGUCAUUUAAUAAACCAACAGUUGUCCUGACUUUUUUUAGUUAUGCCUGUAGGAGCUGAUUUUAUUGUAUGUCAUUGAUGAAUUGCAGAUAGAGAGUACUACAUGCUAUGUUCUAGAUGACAAACUUUUCACAAAUUUUCUGUCAUUUCAUAGGCAGAGGCAUUUGUGUUGUCCCAACAAAUUUAGUUUUUCAUGAUUUCAUUGUAUAUUAAAAUGUCUCUUUUUUGUAUCCUGAAUUGAACUGUGAUGCAUUUUGUUUUUUGUUUUUUUAUUGUUUAAGAAAUAGUUCUAGGAUUGCUAAACCUUUUUAUUUACAUAUUGAAUGAUUAUUUUGAAAUUUCACUACAGCUGUGGUGUGUUUUUUCUUUUACUAGUCUAUGUUAUAACAUUGUGUAUUGUCUCAAUUUUUAUAUUAUAUCUGCCAAUUAUAGAAUGUUUCAUGAAAAGUUAAAUUAAUGUUUAUCAUAUGAACUAUAUAUUUGAAAGCAAUCAUUGAAUAUUAAAUGCCACAAACAUGAGAUUUAUUUACAAAUAAAAAGAUAUAUGAUAUAAAAAUGUAAUGAGGUAAUACCAGGAAAACUAUUUUUUUUUAUUGUGUAUAUGAAUUGGAUUUCAUCUCAAAAUACAUAAUAAUAAAUGAAUACAUGAUAUUCCAGUUGCAAAAUGUUAUGGUGGAGGUUACUGUUUUCAUCAUACUUCUCUCCCAAAUAUUCUACAAAAUUAAAAUGCUUUUGAUACAACAUACAGCAUGUCAAAUGUUUAUUGGGCAUUGUAAACAAUAAUAACAUACCCUUGAUAAAAAGGCAUGAUCAUGCAAAGGCAGGCAUUUUUAAUUUGAAAGUA